AUGUCUCAAGGUCAUCAAGACUCUCCUACUCAAGAAGCUCCACGUGAUGAGGAAAAGAGCAAAGAUGAUGAUGCUCACAAGUCUGAAAGUUCCCCUUCGGACAUGAAAUCCUCUAAUUAUAAUAUUGUGGAGUCGUUUUCCUUGUUGGAACUCCAAGACAACACUACUACAGCUAACUCCAUGGUUGACAAUGUCACUUCACAAGUAACAGGUAUGGAGUCAAAACCUGACCUGAUACUCAAAUCUCUUUACGAGAUCAAGAUUGCCGCUCCAUCCGACUUGAUUGUGACAAUCAACUGGACCAAUUUAUCUCGCUUCGCCUCAACCAUACUCUAG